AUGACCACUUCAUUGAGACAGCAAAUCAAAGAGAAAUACGACUCGGCUUUAAAAAACGGCGAUGUCGUUUUCACCGAGUCGUCGUCGAGUAAGCAUAAAGAUUCUAAGAGCGGGGUUAGCUACAUGGUGACCUAUGCGCCUAGUUUGCUGAAGAAACCGGAGCGUCGUGACGAAGAUGCGUCUAAGAAGAAGGACCCUUUUGCGGAGCCUGAACCUGAAUUGACGGUCGUAGACAAUGUAAACGGAGAAAACGAGUUCAGACUCGUGCUCAAUAAGUUUCCCGUUGUUCCUGAACACGCGCUUCUAGUGACCAGAGAAUUCAAGCCGCAGACCAGUACGCUUACUCCAAAAGACCUGUUGACAUCGUACAAGCUUCUGCAAUCCUUGGACGACGAGGACGAAGGUGUCAGACACAUGGUGUUCUACAACUGUGGCGCCAAUAGCGGAUCGUCACAGGACCACAAGCACCUGCAGUUGCUGGCCCUGCCAAAAAAGUUCGCUCCGCUUCAGGACCGCCUGUGCAGCGGACAGACCCAUUACAUACCGAACAUGAACUCGGAACCCUUACAGGACAAAAACGUGUCCUACGCGCAUUUCGUCGUGCCUUUGCCCGAGGACGAAACCAACAUCGACGAGGAGUUGCUCGCCAUGACGUUUGUUUCACUGCUGCAGCGCACUCUGACGUUUUUCCAGGACUGGACCAGCGAAUCGGAACGUUUGAGUGUCGGCUACAACGUCAUGAUGACCCGAUCCUGGCUCUGCCUGGUGCCUCGUUCCUCCGCCUUUAGCAAGAAACUAAAUAUUGGAUUCAACGCUACGGGCUACGCCGGUCUGAUCCUGAUCAAAGAUCAAGAAGUCUUCUCGCACGUGCAAGAGAACCCGCAUGUCAUCGACGAAUUCUUACUCGAAUGUGGGUUCCCCAACACGGCGGGAUCUAAGUCUGAUCAAUACUCCUACUAG